AUGGCAGAGCCAGUGAAGCCAAUCUUGGAAAAGAUGCGACUCCUAUGGAGAAAAGCAAGAUCAUCGACCAAAAGCCCGCAAGAUCUUGGAGUUCCUGCUCGACAGGAGGAACCAGAACCGAGCCCUCAGCCUACAAAGAGUCCUGAAAGCGAGAACGAUCAAGACCUGUGGCGAUUUGCUUACAAUGAGCUUCAAAAGGAAGAUCCGGAGCUACUUGAAUAUUAUAGCCUUUCACUCAAGUGUAUAAAUCCAACCAACUCCGACCCACUAUCAAGCCCGGAGUCAACCCAAACCAUUGUUUCCGCUCUCACCAAAGUCCGCGAAGAGAAGCAGUGGAAGGUGGCAUGGGGUACACGUCAAAUUAAGGUCCGCGUACAGGUUGUAAAGUUGAUCAAGUUCGCUCUCGGAUGCAAUUCGAUCAUUGGGCCAGCUGCAAAGUCCCAGCCGUAUGCGGCCUUGGCUUGGUCGGGAGUGACUGCUUGUCUUUCAUUGCUUUCGGAUGGUCUGAAGCAAGCAGAAGUUAUGCUGGCAGGGUUCAAUUACACUUGUGACAAACAACCGUACUGGGGGAUUUACGAAAAGAGUCUCGGUCCAAUUCCGCCGGAUAUACUAGGAACCCUGGUCAAGCUUUAUGCACACAUAUUGAAGUACCAAGCAACUGUCAUAUCCCACCUGUCCAAGAAACAAGUGCAACGUGCAUUGAAAUCCAAAAACCUUUGGGAGGAAAUGCGACUGAACGUUGAAAGGCAAGACAAGGUCUGUCUGGAUAUGAUCAACAUGAUUGAACGUACCAAUACCCAGAAAAGGUUCGAUGCGAAAUGGAAGGCCAUUGAAGAGUCACCUGCUGUGCAAAGGGAGAUCAGAGAUUCACUAGGCCUCAUCAGGUCAGAAAACCAAUCAUGGCGAGACCAGGAAGACAGGAGACGACUUCUAGAGAUUCUGUCCAGCGACUGUGACUAUGAACGUGGCAAAAAUCUGAAUCCUCAUACUGUCGCCGGAACGUCUUGUAUUUUGUGGCUGUCGGCCGGUCCUGACUGCGGGAAAUCGGUCCUUUCACGAGCGCUUAUCAACGACGAUAUGCUAACUACGGAAGAGUCUACAUCAACAGUCUGUUACUUUUUCUUCAAGGAGGAAGAUCCACAUCAUAAUGCCUUUGGGAAGAAUCUGCGCAACAACUUUCUCAGGCUAUGGGAUAUCCUGCUGAAAAGUGCCGAGCAAAAUGAAGCAGGGGAUAUCAUUUGUCUUAUUGAUGCUCUUGACGAAUGCAAGGAAAAUGACUGCAAAGAGCUUAUAGCCUGCAUUAUCCAAUUUUAUGAAAAGGGCAUUCAAGAUAGACCUCUACCACACCUCAAGCUCCUGGUGACAGGCCGCCCAUACGAUUACAUCGCGGAGCUUCAGAAGCUUUCCCCCCAUCUUUAUUUCUGCUUUGACAAAACAGUCCGACAAAAGCUAUAA